AUGCUGAGCAUGCCAGUGCCUAAUCUCACCUCAGAUUAUUGUCAGGCAGCGAGAAACUCGGCGAUGACUUCGACCACGACCGCCAUCGAGCUUGCCACGAGCUCUGCUUCCAGCCACGCAGGGAGCUUGCGCAACUCCAACGGGAGAAAGAAUGAAGUCUCCGAAACAUACACCGUCACCGAUCAUGUUCUCGAAGCGUCGCGAGAGGCUGAUUCAACCGUCCCCGAAGGCGGAUACGGCUGGGCCAUCAUCGCCAGCGGCUUCGUGCUGCUGUGGUGGUCACUCGGCACGACAUAUGCCUGGGGCGUGAUGCAGACCGCCUUGGUCUCUGAUGGCUUGGCUGAUCCGGCGGUUCUCUCCUUUGUGGGAUCACUGCAGGCGGCGCUGAUCUCGGCACUCGCAAUUGUCAACUCCCUGGUGGUGCGAAAGGCUGGAGUCCGCGCAACGGCAAUGCUGGGCGCAGCGUGCAUGGGCGGCAGCGAGAUUCUGAGCAGCUUCACAAUUCAUAAUGUUGGCGCGCUGUUUUUCACGUCGGGGAUCGUUAUGGGGAUGGGAGUCAGUCUUUGUUUCGCCGUCAUCUCUACGGUUCCAUCGCAAUAUUUCAGCGCCAAACGGGGUCUGGCCAAUGGAUUCAUGUUUGCUGGAAGUGGAUUCGGAGGUGCUGCAAUCAGCUUUGCUUUAGACUCUCUGAUUCAGAAAUUGGGCACCGCGUGGGCAUACCGCAUCCUAGGCCUCAUGACUCUUGCUACGGGUCUUCCGGCCGCAUGGUUGAUGAAGGAGAGAGUCCCUGUCGAGAGGCGAGGGUUCAUUGAAUGGAAACUGUUCAAAUCCCCUACAUUUGUACUCAUCUUCAUCGGCAGUGCGAUUGGAACUUUUCCUCUUUUUGUCCCGCCGUUCUUUCUCCCAUUAUAUACCAGAUCACUGGGUUUCUCACCUAGCGUUGGUGCCGGCUUGGUUGCCGGCUUCAGUUUGUCCUCCGCCGCUGGCCGCAUCCUCUCGGGCUUUGCUUCCGAUAAAGUCGGCUCGAUCAAUACUGUUCUUGUGUCCUUGGUCUUGACUGUCAUCACUUUCCUUGCAAUCUGGCCAACUUCUACGGAACUGGGACCGCUCAUUGCCUUUGUUGUCAUCAAUGGCGCUGCCAAUGGAGCUUUCUUCUCUACCAUGCCAACUGCUAUCAGCAAGGUAUUUGGCAGUGCCAGAGUGGCCAUCGCAAUGAGUAUGGUAGUAACCGGCUGGGUUGGCGGCUAUCUUCUGGGCGCUCCGAUUGCUGGCUACAUUUUAGAAGCCUUCGGUGGUACUGAUGGUGGAUUAAACGCGUAUCGACCUGCCAUGUUCUAUGCUGGCGCGCUUGCGCUUGUCUCUGGCGUCUUCAUAUUAGCCGCUCGAUUUUAUAUCAACAAGUCUCCAUUGGCCGUGGUGUGAAUUAUAGACUAAUUGAUUCAUAUGAGAUUCUAGAUGACAUAUCCGAUUCCAAUUCUGUUUAAAAAUACCAUUUUACACAAGUAAUAACACAAGCGUCCGUCCACUGACGAAAACAACUUGACGAAAACAACUACAAAUCUUUAGUCCUCUCCUCUGCUGCUGCAAUCCACUCUCUAAUCUUUGCUUCGUUUCGAGGCUUCAAUCCAACCUUGAAUGGCUUUGGAUCUGUUGUCAACGAAGUAGGCAUGCUGUUGCAUUCAAUGGCAUCAAUAACGGGAGCCUGUGAAGGAUCAUCGGACGGGACAAUCUGGAAGCUCGUGAUGAGUCGAAUAUAUGCCGUAUAGAGCUCUCGAUUGGCGAGGUGAAAGCCGGCGCAGAUUCGGGAGCCUGCACCGUAAGCGUAAUGCGGUGUACCAAUCUCUGUGUCUUCCAAAAAUCGCUCGGGAAUAAACUGGUAAGGAAGCUUGAAUCGAGAUUCAUCGUAAUCGGCCGCGUAAGCG